AUGCACUCGGGAAGCAACAAUUUCAACCUGCUCAAGAGAGGCCGAAACGUCUACUAUCGCUGUCACGGUGUCGACUGCUCCCACAAGCCGGCCAAAAAGCUCGGGGUUCUGGACGACCUCAAGGCCGCUCUGCAAGAUGCAACCACUGAGCCCGUGGACCCCCAUGACGACAUGCAAAUGGGCUGUUUGCUGGCAUGGUACGAAUGGCAGCGAGAGAGAUUUUUGGGCACUCUGUACUCGAAGCACCGGGACUUGGAGGGCUACGUGGUGGAUGGCAAUCUCAAGCAUCUCGACAUCGAAGAGGUCAACUCCAAGGUGCUGAAGGAAAUCAAGAUGGCCACAGAAGCGUGCAUGAAGGAACUAGAUGAGAGCAUGCCCAGCUUCGGCAAGAUCAACGUGCAGGAUAUUGUCGACGUGCGCAAGUGCAUGCACUCUGUUGUCAACGAUUUGCACGUGCCGGGGUUGCUCGACAUAUUUGAUCAGGAUCACGCGGUCGCAAAUGCGCCCAAUGGUUUGAUCGAUCUUCAGACGGGGGCGCUUUUGCCGCAUCAUCCUCAAAACCUCUGCAAUAAUCAGACGAGCGUAUACGUUUCCGGCGCUUCACUGCGGCCCACGUCCAGAUUCAGAACGUUUCUGAUGGAAAUCCUCCCAUCGGAGGCAAUCGACUGGCUCCAGAUGUUUCUGGGAUAUUGCCUCACCGGUGAGACAUCGGAGGAGCUUCUCGUCAUAGCAAACGGCUUUUCGGGCGCGAAUGGGAAGUCCGCGUUAAAGCAAGCGCUUGAGAGAGCAUUUGGGAGCUAUAUUUGUGCCGAGAACAAGGCCAUAUUCAUCAAGCCAACGUUCAAAGCAAAUGCAACCGCGGCUUCGACCCACCUCAUGCAGAUUCGUACCAAGAGAUUUGUCACCAAUGACGAAUCCGACGGGGUUGAGGAGCUCAAUGGACCGUUUUUAAAGGAGGCAAGUGGAGGCGGCAAACUCAAUGCUCGAGAGCUCUUUUGCAAACCGCAAAGCUACGUUCCCCAAUAUAAGCUCUGUCUCUUCACCAACUUCAGGCCCCAUUUUCCAAGCGACGAUGCCGCAUUGAUCCGACGGAUCGUGCUCAUCAUGUUCAACUACACAUUCAAGAACCCCAACGAGCUGGACGCAACCAACAAAUGGCACAAGCCCAUCGACUUGAGUGUGAAGCCUUACUUUGAGUCAGACGAGGGAGCCGCAGACACUCUGGAUUUUUGCGUUCGAGGUGCGAUGAUGUACUAUGAAAAAAAAGCACUCGCACCUGCUGCAAAAGUUCUAUCUCCAAUCCCCGCAAUAUUCAAGGCAGCUGCAGAUGAGUACGCUGAGGAGAAUGACAGGCUUCAAGCUUUCAUAGACGAGGCUUGCUUUACACAAGACCCCACUGCGAAGAUCGCCAAAUCCGAUUUCGUUGAAGCCUUUAAGGAUUUCUUGUAUGCUGGUGGGCACGACGUGGGUUUGGCGGGUGAUGGAUUGGCGAGGGCAAUGCGCUUAAAGGGAUACUUGCAACAACCGCCUAAUGGUGGGAAAGCCCUCAUGGUCAGAACGAAUGAUGGUAGAUCAAGAGGCAGAGGUUUUUUUGGCAUUCGCCUGAAGACCGAUGAUGAACUUCAGGCCGAAGAGCACUGA